GCAAGGAUAGCGUCGCCCACGGUGCUCAGUUGAAUUCCAUUGCCGUCCAUUAAAACAGCCGACUUGGAAAAUACAAUAUCAAAGUGUGCUCAGUUUUAGCACAAGUUGCGCGCGUUAUUAUCGUCAGGAAUGACAUAUUUAUGCAGCGAGGGUAUUGAGAAACGCUCCACGCAUGUAUAAGGUACGCAUCUUCGACCCCGCAUUGCCUGGCAAAACGGAACAAUUGGUGGAUAAUUCUCCUCGUGACUUGAUUUCAUCGCUGAAAUACAGAGGAACUCGAAUGUGUUUUCUGUCAUGAGUCCGGCCGGGUGCUCCCAUGUGAACGGGUUCAAAGUGGACAACUGGAAGCAGAAUCUGCGGGUCAUAUACCAGUGCUUUGUGUGGAGCGGCUCUGCCGAAACCAGGAAACGCAAGUGUGUGGUGGAGGAGGGCGGCUUCGUUCCAGAUGCAUUGAAGAUUACAUUCAAGGCGAAGUCAUGUAUGUGUCACAUGUGUGGAGCUCAUUUAAAUCGACUUCACUCCUGUCUCCAUUGUGUGUUCUUCGGCUGUUUCAGCAAGAAACACAUCCACGAGCACGCCAAAAACAAGAGACACAACCUAGCUAUAGACCUUUUGUAUGGUGGAAUAUAUUGCUUUGUGUGCCAAGACUACAUUUACGACAAAGACAUGGAGCAGAUUGCCAAAGAAGAACAAAGAAAAGCCUGGAAAUUGCAAGGUAUCGGAGAGAAAUAUUCGAUGUGGGAGCCUACGAAGCGAGAGCUGGAGUUGCUGCGACACAACCCCAAACGAAGAAAAAUCACAGCGAACUGCACCAUUGGAUUGAGGGGUUUAAUAAACCUUGGGAACACAUGCUUUAUGAACUGCAUCGUUCAGGCUCUCACACACACUCCGCUGCUGAGGGAUUUCUUCCUGUCCGACAGACACAAGUGUGAGAUGCAGUCCAACUCUUGCCUAGUGUGUGAAAUGUCUCAGCUCUUUCAGGAGUUUUACUCGGGUCACCGCUCUCCUCACAUUCCCUUCCGGCUGCUUCACCUGGUCUGGACUCACGCUCGACACCUGGCCGGAUACGAGCAGCAAGACGCUCACGAGUUCCUGAUCGCUGCGCUCGACGUGCUGCACAGACACUGCAAAGGAGAUGAUAAUGGGAAAAAAGCCAACAACCCAAACCACUGCAACUGCAUCAUUGACCAAAUCUUCACAGGAGGCCUGCAGUCUGACGUCACCUGCCAAGUCUGCCACGGCGUGUCCACCACAAUAGACCCGUUCUGGGACAUUAGCUUGGACCUGCCGGGUUCGUCCACCCCGUUCUGGCCGCUGAGCCCGGGCAGUGACGGCAGUGUGGUGAACGGAGACAGUCAUCCCAGCGGAGCCACCACACUCACAGACUGCCUGCGCAGGUUCACCCGACCCGAGCACUUAGGGAGCAGCGCCAAGAUCAAAUGCAGCGGUUGCCAUAGUUACCAGGAGUCCACCAAGCAGCUGACUAUGAAGAGACUUCCUAUCGUGGCAUGUUUCCACCUCAAACGGUUCGAGCAUUCAGCGAAGCUCCGGCGUAAGAUCACCACCUACGUGUCCUUUCCUCUGGAGCUGGACAUGACGCCCUUCAUGGCCUCCAGUAAAGAGAGCCGAAUGAAUGGACAGUAUCAGCAACCAGUGGACUCAUUAAACAACGAUAACAAGUAUUCUCUGUUCGCAGUGGUGAAUCAUCAGGGCACGUUGGAGAGCGGCCACUACACCACAUUCAUCCGGCAGCACAAGGACCAGUGGUUUAAGUGUGAUGACGCCAUUAUCACUAAAGCCAGCAUUAAAGAUGUCCUGGACAGCGAGGGGUACUUGUUAUUUUACCAUAAACAGUUCCUUGAAUACGAAUAAGCCGAGAUCCAGACGCGGUCCGAGUCCAAAGCUGUGAAGGGAAGAUCGUACGAGUGACGGCGUGAUGAUGGAGAGCAGGAACAACACUUGCUCGUACCGGGACAGAAGAGUAAAAAAUGCAGCCUUUCUCACUAAAGAACAUUAAAAACAACAAAAUAUGAAAUUAAAGAAAAAAAAAGAACGAAAGGAAAAAAAAAUUACACAGCUAAACCAAUCUGCACUGAGCAACCGGAGCAUACUUGACAGAAAGAAGAAGAAGAAGAGGAGGAGAUGGAGAACCUCCGGCACUACAGACACACACAGACUGACAUCUCAUCAUCAUCAUCAUCAUCUUCAUCAUCAUCACGCGCACUUCACUUUCAGUUGCGUUUUCACCCACAAACAAUAUAAAGCAUUCACGUGCAUCAGUUCCCUCGUCCUCAAAUGAUUUCUGGAGAAGUAUAUGAGGGGGAAAUAUUCCUUUUUUUAUUUCUUCGUAUGCAUUAUUGAUGUACUGAAUGCAAAAGAAAGGUGUUAUUGGCUUAAAACUAUAUUGUCGGUUGAGUUUGGAAAUACUGUCCUUGUCCAGCACUUUUCUUUUUUUCUUCAUUCGGAAACGCUUGUUUUUCUUUUGGUUGAGGGCUGAAAAUGUAUCACACACACACAUGCGCACAUAAAUCUAUAUAUAAAUAUAUUUUUAUAAGUCCUUUAUUUCCUGUUUACGUGUCCUACACCCCCAUCUUUUCUCUUUAUGUGCUUCGAGUCUUGGAUAUGAAUGGAAAGGGUGUGUGUGCUUGGUUGCAUCACGGGUUUCGGUUGCUGAUGAAUGUGGCUGCAGGUUUGUUUGGUUGUGAAGGCUUGUGUUUCAGACGCAUUGUGAAUGAAGACGUUUUUUUUUUCUGUUCAUGUGAUGCCUGUCGCCACCAUGGCUCGAUUCAGCAGUGUUAUCCUCAGCCACAUGUCGAGUGUGUGUGUGUGUGCGCAUGUAUGCAUAUCCUGUGUGUGUGCGCAUGCAGGUAUGUGGGCACCUGUGUGUUGGUGGUGUUAACGUGUGUGUGUGUGUGUGUGUACUGAAUCAGUACUCAAACUUGGCAUGCUGUUUAAACUGGAUGCUAAAAGACUUUGGGGAGGAUUUUAUAAAUGUUAAUUAUGUAUCUAUGUAUAGUAUGUAUGUAUGUAAUGUAUGUAAAACAAAUCAAUGGAAAAAAAAAUGGUGAA